CUUUCCUGCCCAAUGCAACGCGCUUCGGCAUUUUUCUAGCGCCUCGCAGACACUUCGUGCUGCAACAGAUCGAGUACUUCUGGGCGACAGUUAUCCGUCUGUUAAACUUCAGCCUUUUUUGCGCUUCAAUGCCCGACAUGCCCACCUAUGCCGCCCGCCCCCUUUUUAAGCUACGAUACGCUUUUUAAACUAAUGCAGUAGCCACCGAUCAUCCUUAAAUGACGUUAACAUGCAAAGUUAACGGUGCCGAUUUCCCGGGGAAUCUAAUAUAAACCGACAGCGUUCCGUCCAUUUUUUUUUUGGGUGCUGGAAAGGAAAAGACGACUAUCCUGGAUACUUGGCAAACUUUGUAGCGCCAGUGAAGUCUCGUCCUUUGAGAAGCAUGGGCACAUUGCGCGAUCUCCAGUACGCUUUACAGGAGAAAAUCGAGGAACUGAGGCAGCGAGACGCUCUCAUAGAUGAACUGGAGCUGGAGCUGGAUCAGAAAGACGAGUUGAUCCAGAAGCUGCAGAAUGAGUUGGAUAAAUAUCGCUCGGUGAUCAGACCGGCAACCCAACAGGUCCACAAGCAGAGCGUCCUCCAGGAACAUCAGAGGACCAAGAGGCAGGCUAUCUCAGCUGAGCCCACCGCCUUUGACAUACAGGAUCUCAGCCACGUUACCCUUCCUUUCUACCCAAAGAGCUCACAGUCUAAGGACUUAAUCAAGGAAGCUAUUCUGGACAAUGACUUCAUGAAGAACCUCGAGCUUUCGCAAAUCCAGGAAAUUGUGGAUUGCAUGUAUCCGGUUGAAUAUGGCAAAGACAGCUGUAUCAUCAAGGAAGGUGACGUGGGGUCGUUGGUGUACGUUAUGGAAGAUGGGAAGGUGGAGGUGACAAAAGAGGGAGUGAAGCUUUGCACCAUGGGUCCAGGAAAGGUGUUUGGAGAGCUGGCCAUUCUCUACAACUGCACCCGGACAGCCACAGUCAAGACUCUCACCAACGUGAAACUGUGGGCCAUCGACCGGCAAUGUUUCCAGACGAUCAUGAUGCGGACGGGGCUGAUCAAGCAUGCCGAAUACAUGGAAUUUUUAAAAAGCGUUCCCACGUUCCAAGGCCUUCCGGAGGAGAUACUGAGCAAGCUUGCCGACGUACUGGAGGAGACGCACUACGAGGACGGCGAGUACAUCAUCCGGCAGGGUGCCAGAGGAGAUACCUUCUUCAUUAUCAGCAAAGGGAAGGUGAAUGUCACGCGAGAAGAUGCACCCAACGAGGAUCCGGUCUACCUGCGGGCGCUGGGGAAGGGAGACUGGUUUGGAGAGAAGGCACUUCAGGGGGAGGACAUCCGGACCGCCAAUGUCAUCGCGGCAGAGCCUGUCACUUGCCUGGUUAUCGACAGAGAUUCUUUCAAGCACUUGAUUGGGGGGUUGGAAGAUGUCUCUAACAAAGGGUACGAGGACGCUGGCGCCAAGGCAAAGUACGAAGCGGAGAAUGCCUUCUUCUCCAACCUGAAGCUUGUCGACUUCAACAUCAUCGACACUUUAGGAGUGGGAGGCUUCGGCCGGGUGGAACUGGUACAACUCAAGAGCGACGAGGGCAAGACGUUUGCAAUGAAGAUCCUGAAGAAGAGGCACAUCGUGGACACGAGGCAGCAGGAGCACAUCCGCUCCGAAAAGCAGAUCAUGCAGGAAGCUCACUCUGACUUUAUCGUUAGACUCUACCGAACAUUCAAGGAUAGCAAGUACCUGUAUAUGCUAAUGGAAGCCUGCCUCGGGGGAGAGUUGUGGACCAUUCUUAGGGACAGAGGUUCAUUUGAAGAUGCGACGACCAGGUUUUACACGGCGUGCGUCGUCGAAGCUUUCGCCUACCUGCAUUCCAAAGGAAUCAUCUACCGAGACCUCAAGCCAGAGAACCUGAUACUUGACCACAGAGGUUAUGCCAAGCUGGUGGAUUUUGGUUUCGCCAAAAAGAUUGGGUUUGGAAAGAAAACCUGGACUUUUUGUGGAACACCAGAGUAUGUAGCUCCGGAGAUCAUCCUGAAUAAAGGCCAUGACAUUUCUGCUGAUUACUGGUCCCUUGGGAUCCUCAUGUAUGAGCUGCUGACUGGCAGCCCUCCAUUCUCAGGCCCUGAUCCUAUGAAAACCUACAACAUAAUCCUGCGGGGCAUCGACAUGAUUGAAUUUCCAAAGAAGAUUACCAAAAACGCCGCCAACCUAAUAAAAAAACUAUGCAGGGACAAUCCUUCAGAGAGACUUGGAAACUUGAAAAAUGGAGUCAAAGAUAUUCAGAAGCACAAGUGGUUUGAAGGCUUUAACUGGGAAGGGUUGCGGAAAGGAACACUCACACCACCUAUCAUUCCCAGUGUCACGUCACCGACUGACACGAGCAACUUCGACAGUUUCCCAGAGGACAAUGAUGACCCACCUCCAGAUGACAACUCUGGCUGGGACACAGAUUUUUAGCCCCCCCCCCCCCUCCUGGAUUCCUGAAAUCGGCUUCUGUGACGCCUUGGGGGCGCCUUCUUCAGGAAGUUUUAAAAAAGAAAAAAAUAAUUCAAUAAUAAAAAAUCUACACAUGCAGCAAAGCAAAGAAAUAGCGAAACGAGGAGAGACGAAGGGGAGAGUCAGAGCUCUGGGUCACCGUGAUGCCUUUGCCAAUGCUGCCGGGUCACAGGCGUGGCAUAGGGGCUAACGUCUGGGUAACAGUAUGGCUCCUGCAGAACGUAACGCUGCAAAGAUCACCACGCCGCUAACGUCGAUCCUCGAGCUGAGCCUUAAAAAUAAUCAUUUAAAGGGUUCCUUUUCUUACCACAGAUCUCCCCUCUCUCAGAACCUUAGCUUUAGAUGGAACAGCCACGUACUGUGAGGCAGAACCACAUCUUCUGGGAUUUCUGGGAUUUUUUUUCUCCCCCAGCUGUUGGCUGUCGCCGCGGUUACGGUCGGCUAACCUGUGAUUCUAAAGUUGUGUACGAGUGAGAGAACAGCACCCUCCUGUUCUCUGGGGUCUGCAGGACCAUGGCGAUGUAACUUAUUAGAGUCACUUUUUGAAGUGCUCACCUCUCUUUCUGAAUGUUAUUUUAAAGUCAAUUGAAAUCGUAUGGUAGCAGAUACAGUAUGUAUAUGUAUAUAUUGCAUAUAUAUUCCAAAACACACACAGACACACACACACACACAGACAUUCAAACAUAGACAAAUAUGUAUCAGUAUUAACACAAUUUAACUUAGAAGCACAACUCUUCCCUUUUUAAUGUCUUCUAAAAAAAAAUGGAAAACCUACACUGUACAUCUGCCUUCACCCACAAUUUUUCAUGACCGCUAUAUUUUGCUAGCACUGAGUUGCACUCAUAUGCUCUUAAUUUGCAGUACAUAAUUUCCACUUAGACAUGCUUAACUUUAGGAGUCAUUACAUGCUAAUGUGCUUUCUAAACACACAAAAAAAACCCUCAAAAAGUAGAAAGUAGCAGUAGUCUCUGAUGCCCGCAUUGGUUUGGUAAUUUAUAGAUCAGCCGAGACUGUCUGAAAAAACAGCUUAAACAAUUCAGAGGCAUACUACUUUUUCACCACCAGGGGGCAGACUGUGACAGACUCUCAUGAUACAUAAGAAUUUAGACGAUGUAAGCAGAAUGAUUAAAGUUGAUUAAAGGACGGAUAGUAUCACAGAUUUCUGAUUCUGCAGUUGCAUUUCAACAGUCUCUGUGCGCAGGCAUCUCAGAAGGGGAGCACGACAUGCCACCACGCUUCACGUUCAGAUUCUUGUAAACACAAUUUGCUGGAUAGAGAAAUCUUAUUUAUUGUUUAGGACCAGAGGUAAAUAUUUGUGUAAAUAAAUAUUUAGUGCUAAUAUUUUGUGAUACAUGUACAACUUUGAAUUGUUAGAGUAUAUCAGCGUUUACUCUUUUUGACUUUUUACACAAAACAUGCCGUCUUACAACUGAGAUCUAACCAGACUUGAACAAACUCAUAAUGUUGGUCAGCAACUCAAUGACUGUAUGCUCCCUCACCAGGCUGUCUGGGCGACCCAUCACAUGGCUGUUUGGCAUAAUAGCAAGUGCCUUAUAUCAAUGGCAUCCAAAAACGACAGAAACAUUUGUGUUAAUGCUGCAUGAUGAAGCCAAACGUCUUGACUUCUUGUCCCUUUUUUGGCUCCUGCUGCUUUUCUAUGGUUCUGCUAUUUAUAUGCCUUUUUUUCUUAAAAUAAAAACGUAACUUUCAAAACAA